AUGAAGGUAUCGGUAUCGACGAAAGGCAAACCCACUAUCACGCUCGACUUCCCGGGUAAGACGGCUGCGGACGUUACCAUCCACGACGUCAAGGCUGGCGUGACGAACAAGUACCCCCAGUUCUACGCGACCCGCCAGCGUCUCGGCCUUCCCACUGCUACCGAUAAGAAGCCUACCCCGCUCACGGACGAGCGCAAGACGCUCGCCGACUACGGUGUCACGGAUGGCGCUGCGCUCCGCCUCAAGGACCUCGGCCCGCAGGUCGGAUACCGCUGGCUCUUUAUCUGGGAAUAUGCUGGUCCGAUCUUCAUCAACCCGCUCCUUCUCGAGUUCAGUAGAAGAAUCUACGGCGACUUUGAGCCGUCUCUCCUCCAGAUUACGAUUCGCAACCUCAUCGUGGCGCACUUCAUCAAGCGCGAGUUUGAGUCGAUCUUUGUUCACAAGUUCUCGAGACCCUCUGUGCCCCUCGCGUUUGUCUUCCGCAACUGCGCGUACUACUGGGGCAUCACGGGUAUCCUUAUCGGCCUGACGCUCUACCGCCCCGCGUACGGCGCUGUGGCGCUCAAGGACAGCCUCAUUAACUCGCCCAGCUGGAUCUACUUCUGGACUGCUUUCAUCCUAAUCAACGAGGUGCUCAACCUCAACACGCAUCUGCACCUGUCGACGCUUAGAGUCGGCCCCGGUGAGCUGCGCAAGUAUCCCACCGGCUUCGGUUUCCAGUGGAUCGUGUGUGCCAAUUACUUCUUUGAGACCAUGGGCGUUCUCGGCAUGGUUAUCAUGACUGGCGGCGACAUUGGCACCAUCGUCUACAUCUCAAUCGCGUCGUACUUUAUGGGCACAUGGGCCAUUGGCAAGUACCGCCGCUACAAGAAGGAGCAGGACCCCAAGGUCUUCCCGGGCAACCGCUGGAUCGUCUACCCGCCGUUCCUUUAA